GAAAAUGAAACAUAGAUCGAUGGAGAAUAAUAAUUGCACAUAUAUAAAUUAAUCUCCUAGAGCUAUGGUAAUGAAAAAUUGCAGAUACAUUAGCAAAAGCAAAGCAGUUGAGGAAGGGUAUGGGAAGAGAGAGCUUCAUACAUUUCUGAAGAAAGUAAAUUUUUGAACUAAGACAGAGCCUUCCAUCACAGGUUGAUUAGUUUUCUCUUUGUUGAACUGCUAUAGGAAAAAGGAAGUAUUGUUUGAAUGGCUUCUUCUGCAGCUAGUUACACUGCAGUACCUGAAACAGAACCCCGGAUUGAACACAUAAUUAACAUCAAUCCUAAAGACAUUGAACCUGCACGGCAUGAUGUGUGCUGCAUUUACAAGGUUCCUCCUAAUCUCAAAAAUUUGAAGGUUGAAGCCUAUGCACCACUUUUGAUCUCAAUAGGCCCUUUUCACCACAACAAACCAGAACUAGAGCCAAUGCACAAACAGAAGCAAAGGUAUUUUCUUUCCUUCUGGGAACGUGUCACAAACAAAAAGGCUUUGGCCAAAUACAAAGCCUUCCUCAAUGAAAACAUCGAAGCAACGAUACGCCAAAGGUAUUCAGAGCCGAUUACUAGCUUCAGCAAUGAUCAGUUUGUGGAAAUGAUCCUCUUAGACUCGGUCUUCAUUUUGGAGCUGUUUUUGAGAAAAUCAGAAAAAUCUAAGCAAGAAAAGGAUUACAUGUUCACCACACCAUGGAUUUGCAAGGGUAUACAAAGAGACCUCUUGCUACUUGAAAAUCAACUUCCAAUUUUUGUCUUGGAUGAGUUACAUAGAAGGGUUUGUAAGCAAAAUGGUGUUAGCUUUCUUGAGCUUGCAUUUAACUACUUUGAAGAUUAUUAUCCUUAUCCACACAAAUCAACAACAACAAGUGAUUAUGAUCAAACUAAAGAGAUGGUCAAGAAGAACUUCAAAUCUUGCAACCACUUCACUGAUUUGAUAAGGCUUUUCUACCUCCCAGAAAGGGUUCAUGUCAAGGAGUGGAUGCCAUCAAAACAUUUCACCCCUUGUGGUAAAAAUGAAUGUGUACUUAAGACUGCAGCAAAGUUGAAUGAGGCAGGGGUUAGCUUUGAGAAAUUGCACCACCACAAGUGCUUGUUAGACAUAAAGUUCAAGAUGGUUCCUGUUUUGAGCUGGUUUCUAUGCUUAGGUUGCAUACCAUGCUCUAUGUGUGUCAAAGCUCGUUUGCAAAUUCCUCAAUUGAAAGUGCUCCAAACAACAGAAUGUGUCCUAAGGAACCUCAUUGCCUUGGAGCAGUGUCACUAUUCAGACCAACCUUUCAUAUGCAACUAUGUUUCUCUAAUUGACUCUUUGAUUCACACUCAAGAGGAUGUGGAGUUGUUGGUUGACAAAGAAAUCAUUGUGCAUGAACUUGGCUGCCACAAUGAAUUGGCAACUAUGAUAAAUGGUCUUUGCAAGCAUGUUGUGGUGAAUUGCAAUUAUUAUGGCAAAACAUCAAGGAAACUCAAUGAUCACUACAAUUGUUGUUGGAAACAUUAUAUGGGUAUGUUGAGGUCAGUGUACUUCCGUGACCCUUGGAGACUCAGCUCAACUGUUGUAGGAGUUGUUAUCUUCUUGUUUGCUAUUGUCAACUUUCUUCGAGUUACCAAUUUAUAUCAUCCAAAAGACUGAAUUGUUUGAGUAGUUUUAUUCGACUCCAAUAGAAUUAUCUCAUAUGUAAAAGAUAUAUGUAUUUGAUAUAAAAAUAACUGAACUGUUUGGUGGUGUAAUUUAAUUAAUUAGUUACUUGAUUUCCUUGUAUCAAUGUUCAGCCAGUAAUAAAUCUAGAUGCAUGUCUGGUUAAAGUUUCAUUAA